UAGAGAUUGGUAUUUUAGUCUGAGCAAAUUGAAUAAAUUGAUUUUAUUUUCAGAAAUUCUGGCCUUGAUCAAAUUUGUAUUUAUUUUUUAAUUAGAUUUGUUUCUGGCUAGGCGUCAGCUUUUUUAAUAUCAGUAUAGAGCUAUCGUCAAUUAUGAUUCUUAACGGCGUAACAAGUUUUUCAAAAUUCAUAUGGAGAUCACGGGAAGUUCCUGGUUUUGGGUUUCAACAGCUCAGGAACAAAUGGGCCAACCGCUGGAUGAUUAGAGAUGUAAAGCGGAGAAGACUAAAUGCUGAACACUUUUUAGAGAGAACACGGAUUAAUGCUAUGCGGCGAAACACUGUAUUGCCUACAGAAAUAAGAGAGAUUGCAGACAAAGAGAUAAACAAAUUUGAACUGAAUGCUACUCCUUCACAUAUAAAUAAUAGAUGUGCAGUCACUUCAAGGCCUAGAGGCGUAGUUAAAGAAUGGAGAUUAAGCCGUAUUGUUUGGAGACAUCUUGCCGAUUAUAAUAAACUUUCAGGAGUUCAAAGAGCUAUGUGGGGUUAAGCUUUGUAAAAGUACUUUUAAUUAGUUAAUAUAGACAUUAUUGA